AUGUGGAUAGUUGAGGGAUUUGUACAGCAAACCGGCAAUAGAAAUGUAGAGGAUGUUGCUGAAGACUACUUGGAGGAACUCAUUGACCGGAGUUUGAUCCAAGUGGCACAUACAAGGACAGAUGGAGGAGUCAAAACAUGUCGUAUCCAUGAUCUUCUACGAGACCUCUGUAUAUCAGAGAGCAAGGAAGAGAAGUUUCUUGAGGUUUGUUCAGAUUUUAACCUUUUACAUAUGAGCAAAUCCCGCAGACUUUCUAUCAACUGUGCUACCCCUCCAGACAUGAACCUUUGUGAUUCUUCAAAUUGUCAUUCUUUACUAGACUUUGGGUACGAGUAUGAUGAAAGCGACUUGAAAUGGCUUUGCAAUAGCCUUUGGAAUCUGGUGACGCUGGAACUGAGAACUUCUAAAAUAAAAUGCUUGCCGAAAGAGAUAUGGAUGUUAGAAAAGUUGAGACAUUUGUACUUGGGUGGGCCAACAUCUAUACCUAGAGCAAGAACAGACGAUAAAGCUUUACGAAAUCUUCAAGUCCUUACUGCUUCCAAGUCCAAACUCAUUCCACUUGAAGCUCACAAAGGUAACCUUAGUAGGCGCGUCACUAGUGUGUUGGGUAGCCUUCCCUACCUUCGAAUAUUGAAAUUAGGUUUUCAUCGAGAGUGCAUAGAGAUCUACCUCCUCUGCAAUGAAAGCAGUUUCCGUCAACUUGAUGUCUUUGAAAUGGCAGAUUUGUGGAUUUCAUAUUGGGAAUUGGGAAAAGGUGCAAUGCCAAGCCUUCGACGUUUGGUCAUUAAUAAUUGCCCGUCUUUGAUCAUGCGCCCUGAGGAACUAUGGUGCUUGACUGCCUUGCAGGAUUUGGAAGUCUUACAUCCCUCUGAAGAGAUGGCAAAAACGCUUCAAGGGUUGCAGAUGAAGAAGAAUGGGUGUAAGCUCCAAGUCAAUCCACCUCUGGACGCAACUAAUUGA